UUCCGAUAUCCCGUCCAGCGUCGAAGUCAGAUGCAAGCCCCCAUCCAUCCCUCCGUGCCACCACUCCAGUUGGCAACACCGCAGGGUGUCUGUGUCCCUCUUUUCUUCGUGUCCGGCGUCUACCUCAGAAUGUCUCACCAGCGUUCUUCAGACGGUGAUACAAGCACUGUGCGACUGCGGUUGAACUAGUCAAUUGGCCUGCAGGGUAGAAAAAGAAAACAAGGAGCAGGAAGAGUCAUGAGGAGCGUUUGGCCGAAAGCCAAUACCCCCGUCUCUACCGCCGCAACCACCGCAAAACCAUCAUCCCAUUGUUACUCCCUUAGGUUCAGCCUCAUUGUAGCUUGUUACCUUGGAACCAGG